AUGGAGCUAAGGAAAGGCUGCAACUUUUCCAAGCGGAGCUGCUGGAAGAAGGGUUUUUCGACUCUGCUAUUGAAGGAUGCUCUGGAGUUUUCCACACUGCUUCCCCUGUUUCCUUCUCGGCCGUUGAUCCCCAGACAGAGAAUUGAUCCGGCGGUGAAAGGAACCCUCAAUGUUCUGAAAUCAUGCGCAAAAUCUCCUUAG